GUUUAAAAUGGAAAAAAUGGUUUUCCAUUGUGGGUUUUGUUUAAAAGGCUAAAAGAAACAGACAUCCUCUGAAAGCAAACUCCUGCUGUUGUUCUUGCCUUUGCCUCCUUCCUUUCUCGCUUCUGGGUUCUUUUCUUUGUCUUCUUCUGGGGUUUUGGCCUUUAAUUUGAAGUGUUUUUGGUUUUCUUUGAAACGUUAAGGAAAUAGAUAGAUAGAAAUUUCCAAACUAGAAGGCAAAGGCGUGAAUUUGAAGAAGAAUUUGGAGUUAUUUUUUUCUUUAUUUAUGAUGAUAAUGAUCGAGGAAUGGGGAGUGAUUUUCCAUUUUAGAAGCUGAUGUAUGUUGGUUGAACAUUCUUGUCAAAUAAGAAAAAUUUUCAUGUGGGUUGUAGAAAAACGAUAACUGAAACGCAGUUUAGAGUAGGCAAAGAAUUUUCUCUUCCUGAAAAGAAGAGAGAUUUUCUUUCUUUUUUUUUUGGUUAUUGGUGUUUGAUAAUGUCGUCGAAUACUUCAUCAGAGAUGCAAGAACCGAGCAUCGACACAGAUAAGUUGAGUUACGAAAUCUUUUCGAUUCUGGAAAGUAAAUUUUUGUUUGGGUACGAUGAUCAUCAGAAGCUAUGGAUUCCCAAACCGAUCUCUCCAGCUCCUGAACCGAAAGUUGAGCCGUUGCUUCAGCCGGGUGAUGAGAAUUCCCUGUCAGCUAUCAAGAACCAGAGGGGUAAAAUCUGUAUUUUGAGUAUUGAUAGCGGUGGUAUGAGAGGGAUUCUCUGUGGGAAAGCUUUGGCUUAUCUUGAACACGCCUUGAAAUCCAAGUCAGGUAAUCCAAAUGCUCGAAUUGCUGAUUUUUUUGACGUCGCCGCCGGUUCCGGCGUUGGUGGUAUCUUCACCGCCAUGCUUUUCGCCACCAAAGAUAACAACCGCCCAAUUUUUACCGCCGAGGAGACGUGGCGGUUCCUUGCUGAUAAUGGAAGGAGGAUAUACAGGUUCGGUUCGGGUAAAAACAGCGGUAUUUUGAAGAAGAUUUUGAAAAACGGUUCGACGGGGUCGAGUUCAACCGGUUUGGAGAAGGCGGUGAAGGACGUAUUCACGGCGGAUGGAAGGAGUUUGACGUUGAAAGAUACUCUAAAACCGGUUUUGAUUCCGUGUUAUGAUCUUUCUAGCACUGCGCCGUUUUUGUUUUCCAGGGCGGAUGCCUUGGAGACAGAUAGUUUCGAUUUUCCAUUAUGGGAAGUUUGUCGGGCCACAUCGGCUGAACCGGGAUUAUUCGAACCGGUUUUGAUGCGGUCUAUCGACGGUCAAACCACCUGUGUGGCGGUUGAUGGUGGGUUGGCUAUGAGCAACCCAACGGCUGCAGCAAUUACGCACGUGUUGCAUAACAAACAGGAGUUUCCUUUUGUUAGAGGGGUUGAAGAUUUGUUGGUGCUGUCAUUGGGGACCGGUCAGCUACUUGAGAUUAGCUAUGAAUAUGAACAAGUCAAGAAUUGGAGGGUCAAGGAUUGGGCCAAACCAAUGGCUCGAAUAUCCGGUGAUGGUUCGGCCGAUUCGGUGGACCAAGCCGUAGCCAUGGCGUUUGGACAAUGCAGAAGCAGUAAUUAUGUAAGAAUUCAGGCAAAUGGGACCAGUUUAGGUCGGUGUGGCGCUAAUGUAGAUACAGACCCCAGCCCCAGCAAUGUAAAGAUGCUGAUAGGAAUAGCUGAGGAAAUGCUGAAGCAGAAAAACGUUGAAUCAGUCCUGUUUGGAGGUAAAAAGAUUGCAGAACAAAGUAAUUUUGAGAAGUUAGAUUGGUUUGCUGGAGAACUUGUGCUGGAACAUCAGAGGAGGAGUUGUAGAAUUGCUCCCACUGUUGCUUUCAAGCAAGCAACCCCAAAAACCAACUAGAAUUCUCAACAAAAUUUGUACCGAUUCCAAAGGCCAAAAAAAAAAAGAGGAUAAAAAAUUGAUAUCUGAAAAAAAAAAAGAAAAAAGAAAGUAACAUAGCAGCUUUUACUUUUUGUAAGUGAAGAUGAGCAAGGAAAAGAGAGUUUAAAAAAAAAAAA